UAAUGACAUACGAAAAGUGUUACUUCGUUACGACACACGUGGCGUGUCUACUGAAUACGAUAGCACGCAGUUCAAAGGUUGGAACAUGAAUGUUUAUUGCUUCCGUCUCGGAGCAUAUAUACACGAAACGGAGAGGGGGAAGGGAGGACAAGGGAAAAUAUAUCAAACAAGAAACGCACGCGCCGCCAGCGCUUGCAAGGCAGUCUGAUUGCGGCUGACGUCACUUUAGAACAUCUCUCCUUCCUUAAUACUGAAGUCGCUGUACUGGCUUUCUUUGACGUGUAGAGUGCUGCAAGGCUUGGGGUGAUCUGUCGGGUUCAGCGUUGCUCCCUGCGAGUCCCGGCUGAGCUUCAUGCUCAGGUUCUAUUGUGCCCCCUUGUUCAGCUGACGGUCACAGCGACUGUGGGUAGUCGCUAGGAGUACCUGUUCUUGAUGCUUGAUUUUCCGCUUCUUGAUCUGUACCAAGUGGUGGCGUCACAUCUUCCCGUUUCCGCACCUGGUCAACAUGUCGUCUUACUGAUCCGGCCGGUGUUUGUAUGCUAACAAUCCGAGAACCUGUUCUAGAUUCUACAAUUCCUGGCGUCCAUUUCUCACCCGUUCUGAAGUUGCAGACCUACACGGCAGCUUCAGGCAAUGGUAGAGGCCACCUGUCUGUUUCAUUGGCUUGCCCUGCAGGUACAAGAGGGAAACAUAUUUAAACGGGGUCGAAUUUUAUAUCCGAAGAACAGCUCUGACGGUGAUUUUCCAGAGAUGUUAGGCAUCCUUCUGUAAUUGAAAAGCAGCCUGUUUAGCUUAUCUUCUAACCACCCCUCACCAACCUUCUUGAGGCCAUCCUUAAAUAUCCUGACUGCGCUUUCUGCUAGACUGACUGAGGGUGACAUACAGCUGCGCGCAGAUGCGUUAUGUUGUUCUUCUUGACAAAAGUAGCGAACUUGUCACCGGUAAACUACACUCCAUUAUCCAAGAUGAUGGUUCGGUGCACUCCAAAUCUGCAGAAGAUACCGCGCAGGCAGUUGAUUAUGCAUGAAGUGUUGGCUUGUCAGAGUGGCACAACUUCAAUCCACUUGCUGUGUGCAUCCACAACCACGAGUAUAGGACCAGCAAAAUCUAUAUACACCCUUGUCCAUUUUUCAGCAGUAGUGGGCCAGCUUUUUGGCGUUGCUGUACCUGGUAUGGGCAGAUUUUGAACACAGUUCUGACAUGACGCUGUCACUCCCUCUAUUUCGCUAUCUAAACCUCGCUACCAGAAUGACGAUCUAGCAACCACCUUCAUAGCGGACGAUCCUUGAUGCGUCUCAUGCAAAAGGUAUAAGACGCGAUGUCACGCCUCCAUCGGAACGACUACUCGACGGCACCAGUAAGACCGUGAGCCAAAGACAGCUCCAAUUUCUUGUCAAAAAAGUGUGCGAUAUUCGUGUUCAAGCCUUUUGUGCAGUAUGGCUAACCAUUCUUAGCGAAUCGCAUAACUUGACUAGGAGAAGGGUCAUCUGCAGUUAACUGCCUUAGCUCCUCAACUGACACAAUUCCCUCAUCGAACCCAGUCAGGGUUAGCAGAUAGUCAGGUGGGUCCGCUUCUGGUGGCUUUGGCUCAGCCGUCCGUUGCGGCAGUUUACUAAGGGCUUCAGCGUUGAGCAGUUGUUUACCAGGAGAGUAUUGAAGCUGAUAGCGGAAUCCGCCUAGGUGCAGCGCUCAGCGCUGUAUUCCAGUCAAUGCUGGAGUUGCUCGAUCCUCCUUCAGCAGGCCCACAAGCAGCUAGUGGUUGGUGACCAAGACAAAUUCUUGGCCAUGUAAUCAUGGAAUUUGGACACUCCAAACACAAGAGCAAGGGCUUCUCUCUCAAGCUGGGAAUAAUUCUUCUCAGCCCUUGUUAACAUUCUAGAACAGAAACUGACAAGUUUGUUGAUCUUUCCAAAUGUAUGAAAAAGCACGGCACCUAUUCUGUCCUGUGAAGCGUCGCACUCUAGCUUGAGGGGUCUCUCGGGAUUAUAGUGAGCCAGCACAGCCACUUCCCGAAGGCAUUUUUUUGCUUCACGAAUAGCUGCUUCUGGCGCAUGUCCCUAGAAUGAACGUGUGCUGUUCUCUAACAACUUGUACAGCGGGGAAAGUAAGGAAGACAUGUUGGGCGCGAACUUCGAAUAAAAUGUAAUCAUGCCCAGAAACGACCACAAUUGCUGAACAUUUUGUGGAUUGGGGGCUCGUGCAAUUGCUUCAACAUGCUUCUCAAUUGGAUGCAGACCUUCACGAUCAAUUUCAUGACCCAUAUACAUCACUGCCUCUUGGUGAAAGCUGCACUUCUCAAGUCUGAGCUUCACUCCAUGCUCACGAAAACGCUGCAGUACUUGUCGUAACUUGACGGCACUACCAAGUUUUUCUGAUACCAAGAUGUCGUCGAGGUAAGCUUGAACACUUGUCAGACUCGGCAGAAUUGUUUCCAUUUUCCGCUGAAGAUAGCAGGCGCGAGGCUAUGCCAAACGGCAGUCAGUUGUAACAAAGCAAACCACGGUGUGUAUUGAUUACGCACGUCUUCCUUGAGUCUUCAUCGAGGGGAACCUGGUUGUACGUAUCUCUUAAAUCCGGCAUGCUGAAGCAGUUCCCACUGUUCAGGCAUGCGAAAAUGUCAUCAAUGGCUGGCAACGGGUACUGCUCCAGUUCACAGAUGGGAUUCAAGGUCACCUUAAAAUCGACACAGAUUCUAACCGUGCCAUUCUUUUUUCAUUACAGGCACAAUGGGAGUAGCCCACUCGGUGUGCGUUACAGGUGACAGUACUCCAAGUGUUACAAGCCUAUUAAUCUCUUUUGAAACUUUGUCGCGCAAAGCAAAUGGAAGGGAAUGGGCCUUACAAAAUUUCGGCGUGGUACCUACCUUGAGCUUGAGAUGGACAGGGUGCUCGUCGGUUAGACCCAGCUCCGGGCUGAAGACGUCUUUGAACUCUGACAGGACGGCAUCCAUGGUGGUGGUGGUACGGCUGCUUCCUGGACCAAGGCCUUGUUGCACUGAUACGUUGAACACCGAGGAUCCUGCAUCACUGAACUUGGCAAUCAACUCUCGUCCUCAGAGGCUCGGACCUGAACAGCUCAGGACUAUCAAUGAACUCUUGACCUCCUUGUCGUUGUAGGACACCGACAUAUUCAAUUUCCCUAAUACUGGUAGUUCUCCAACAUAACAGGACAGUUUGAUGCAUGUGGGUUCUAAUUGUGGCCACUAUUGACGGUUUUUCUCAGAAAGCUCUUUGGACACAACACAGACGGGUGAACUGGUGUCUACAAUCAUAGGUACGUCAAUGCCACACCAUGUGAAAGUACGAAGAAUAGGUGGUGGUAGCUGACCUUUGGAGGGUGUAGUUGAUGUCCAAAUGUGCGCAUCGUCUCCAUUUUCCUCAUUGACAUCCGCUAUUACUGCAAACGCUUCUCCCUGCUUGCAUUGUGAACGUGCUUUUGGGCAACCUUUCUGUGCGUCACUUUGGCACAUCUUCGCCAAAUGGCUGUAUCCACCGCAGCGGUAACCCCUCACUUUCGCCCAGCCGCAAGCGUUUCUGUUGUGUUUCUUCUGCAAUGCCCACAUUCUGACACCGGUUCAUCAGCAUAUGCUUAUCGUGAAUUAACCUUGAGCACGGGUACAAGGUUGCCAGACAUCUGCUUUGUAUCUUUUUUAGCUGCUUCUGCUGAUAUGGCAAUUGCUUCGGCCUCCCUCAACAUCAAGUCUGUUUUCGCUAAUAGCUGCUUCUGCACAGCGCUUGACCUCACUCCACAGACGAUCCUGUCGCGAAACAUCCACUCUAGCAUGCCACCGAAAUUACAGCCAUCCGCAAUCCGGCGAACUUCAACGAUGAACUGUUGAAUGGGCUCACCUUCCAACUGGCAGCGAUUGAAGAACUGGUAGCGCUCCUUUAAUAGCCAGCUCAUUAAUAGUAGGCUACUUUAUAGCUGAGAUAGAAAUACUUCAGUGCCACGAACCUAUGAUUUCAGGAGGCGAGCUCCACUGCCAAGCAAGGCUCUCUCCACUUGCCCUGUCUAGCCUCUGUACGCGAAAUUCCUUCCCUGCGCUCUCCCAUACCGGAUCUUGAGGAUUGCAUGACGCAUACGUCACGGGCCCCGCCUUCAUUUUUUUUCUUCUCCUCACUAUUUUGCAGCGCGGGACACUUCCGCUAACGGCGUCGCAUGUGAGCUGUUGUGAUUGUCUUGUUUUGCGCAUUGCAAAAUUUUUCGCACUGUGCACGAGGGCGCCUGACUAGCGGUAUAAGUCAGUGGUACACAAAUACUGAGGCAGGCACAAACAGAUCACAUAGCAUUAUCCUGUGCUGGAACACGGCAGAACGUAGGCACGCUAGCACGUGUGUGUCAUCCUCCGGCUUGGAGUGCGGCGGCUGUGAGGAGAAGGGAAAACAGCAUUUGGUUUUAAAUUUCAGACCUUUCCGUGGCUUGUAGCGAUAUAAUACUUUGCAGACACGAUCGUUAUUGCACAUUGUAUGCUCUGCGCUUGUCAGCUCAAAAUGGCCAGAUCUGGUGAGGGGCCCUUUAAACAAAAACUACAGGUUUUUUUCAGCUCCAAAAAGAAAAAAAGAAAGAAAAAGAAAGAAAGAAAAUUGCAGAGGUUCAUACAGCAAACACUUGAAAAUCCCAGAGUUUGUGAAGCUGUCAAAUGUUCCGAAAUGCAAGAAUGUCCUAUUCACCUUUGUCAAAGUUGAGAGAUUGUUUUCCACCUGCAAGCUUAUUUUGAGCAAGGCAAUGGACAAUCUUGGAAAAUCAAAACCUAGAAGUAAUGCUCUUGUGUAACUGUCCUUAUAACUUUUACAAAGAUUUUUAAACAUUCACUUUUCAAUUUGUUAGGAACAGAUUUUAGCUUUUCUCAUUAAGGGUUUACCAGGCAUCUUUGUGUUUUUUUGUGCUUGCUCCACUCAGUGUGGCAUUGUAAGUGAAAAAUUUUAGCGAUUAUACACUACCGGCUCAUUGCAUUAGAACAAUUGUAUUAAACAACAGGUUGGCUGCAGUAUACAGAGAGACCGAUGCAUCCUCUCGUGUGCUCAGCUGUAGUGAAGCAAAGCAUUGGGAAACAUUGUGAUGGCUUGCAUAAUAUGGUUGCUGCCUUUAAGGCCUCACAAGUCAACACCUUCAGCUACUUCAGUUUCUCCUACUUCAGUUUUCUUGAACUGCUACUUCAGUUUUCAUGCCGUGAAAUUGAACCCUACUCAUUCGGUACAUAAAACAGGUUGUGGUUAGCAAAUAACUUAUAACGCCUAUUUUGGCCCCUAUCGUGCCCGAAGUAAUGCUUUAAGAGCCUGUUUUAGGCUCCUAAAAGUCUGUUUUCUAGUGCCUGAAAGUCUGCUCUUCCAUUAUUACUGUAAACAAGGAGACUUGGAGAACAUUGGUUCACAUGAUUUGUUGUUGCAUGAUCACCUUGCCUGCACUCUUAGUGGACCUAGGUAUUAUAUGAGGUUGAAAUAAACAGCUUCAGAAACUAGUAAUGGUUGCAAGUUUUCAGAAACUCUGCUCUAAUUUGAAUAAUUUUAUGACCACGUCAAAGGGAAGUCAGGAAAUUGCUCGAGUCAAAUAUCUGUUUUUUAACAACUAGGACAUAAUUUCUUUCAAUGCUUCUGAGUUUGCUUCAGUGUAUGUCACAACCUUUUGCUAUUUUCAAUAACAGGAUGCUGAUGUUCUGCAACAUUUUCUGAAACACAUGUACGAUAUUAUGACGCUGCAUGAUCGCCUAGCCAUUUAUUUAUGGGCAGAAAUACUUGUAAUUCAGUUAGAGCAUGAAAACUAUAGCGUUGUUUCUUUAAGUGCAAAAAUUGAAGGGGUAGUCACAGAAAUAUACAGUAUAAAGAGUACAAAAAGAAUUAAAGAAUGAAAAACUACUCGACAUGGGGCUCACAUGGACUAAAGUCUUCACACAAGUUAUGACAAUGUGUACAAGACAAAAUAAUGAAGCAGUUUGUCAAGCAUGACCUCUCUGUGGAGGCCACAUGAAAAGUGAACUUUCCAGCACAUCUACUAUUUCAUUAUAAACAUUACUUUCGCCUGCAUGCUUUGAAUAUUUCUCCUCAGUUUCCUUAAAGUGGAUGUAGAGCUGAAUGUUUUGGGGUCUCUGAGCUUCCCCUUGUCUUACAAUUCACGAGGACUGCUUCAGGUGCUUUGCAAAAGUCCUUUUGCAAAGGCAUAAUAAGCACAAGUUGAUUCCCUACUCAGUUUUCUGCCGACAAAUCCGAUAACCUAAUAGACAAUGCACUCAGUGACAGCAGUAUUGGAAUAAUCUUGUUCGAACAACUCGUCACAUUUCGAACUUCCUUCAUUGACAAGGCCAUUGAGCCUCAGACUCAGAUCUUCAAGUUUAUCUUUGCACUGUGUGGCUAACUCAAAUACGUCUCAGAAGUCAGCUGGUGUAAAAAAAGAACACGAAGUUGCGUAUUUUUCAAACUGUAGUGAUUUGUGUAGCGACUACAGUGACAUGUGCUGACAACUGCUAUUCGUAAUGUGUGUAAAAAAUACGAGGAGGGAAGAACCAGUGGGAACAACAAAAGUAAUACUACGGUAUUGGUGAAAGCCACUGGGGUCACGGUGACCAUGGUGUGCGAUAGCAGUGGCAGCAGCAGUGUUGGCUGUGGUACUGUAGUCCUUAGUUCUGUGUGCCACCUUUUUGUGUGAUUAAUCCGAAUUCUUUCUACCUCUCCCCGCCAUGACCUUUCUCUACACCAUUUGCUCACCUAGCACCUUUCACUGUGCUGGCCACUGAAGGCCAAGUGGUUAAUUGUGAAAUUCAUGAGGCAGGCAGUACCUUUCAGUGUGCUGGCAACUGAGGGCCAAGUGGUUAAUUGUGAAAUUCAUGAGGCAGGUAGUACCACCAGGAUGGCUGAUUCCUGUUAUCGCGAGGAAGCGCUUUUUUUGUUGUGCAGUGGCUCUUUAUAAUGUGGUUGCAACCCUGGACUAGCGUGCCUCACUGGCUGCCACAAUUUCUUUUUUUACUUUUUUUUCCAACAAAUUUCAAGUCUGAAAAGGGUAGGUACUUCAAUUUCAACUGGGGACCUUAGAUACAGGUGCUUGAUGCUCUACCUUGUGCUGAACCCACUGUAAAGCCUUUGCUCCAGCAAAGUGUUUGUGGUAAUAAUUAGCUGUCCAUAGCCUAGCCAAGUUCCCUAGCGUGUUUUAGUAUUAGAAAUAAAAUGAGACUAGGACAAAACGCAGAAAGAUUUUUUUCGGCUCUGAAAAUCUAAUAUAGGCACCAAUGUCGAAAUGUAUUUAUGGGCAUGAUAAAGGUGUCACUAAACUGUUUUUAGGCACAUAGUUCAUGCUUAUAUGUUAAAUAGGCACGAUAAAGUCGUAAGAAAAGGUGUCCAAUGAUUUAAGAUACUCCCUCACGCAAAAUUUGACUGCAGCUCAGUACGUGUUUUCGUUUCACAAUAUAUUGAGCAAAAGAAUUUGAGUCCGAAAUCACUGUACUGACUGGUAGUGGGCCAGUGCCGUCAGUGUCUUCACAGAGGGAAGUGCUGUAUGGGAACGCUGGCAUGAUGAGCAGCAUCGGAGCCAGUUGUGAAAAAAGACGACAAUGAAUGCGCGAGCAGUGGCACGAACACUAGGGGCAGUACGAGAGCACUGGCAUGAUGAGUGACAUUGGAGCCAGCUGUGGAAUAAGACGAUGAACGCAUAAGCAGUGUCAUGAGUCUGUUCGCACGGUUACGCUGACGGACGCUGACGAGGCAGCUGUGGUAGAAGACGACGAUGAAUGCGCAAGCAGUGGCACAAGCUUGUUCGUGUGGUUACGCCCCGGGGGCGCCGGUGCUCAACCCAGGAAUGGGCGCCUAAGAGCUGGCCUCUAAAAAUUAAGCAUUUGCCCAAAGUUACAGUCUCUAGUGAUAACAUGUGGGGUGAUAAUGUUUAAGUUUUCCAAAUUUGUAAAAAUUGCCUGUUGCAGAUAACAUAAUUACUCCUUGAGCUGUAUUAUUCAGGGAGGUGUACAUUGCUUGCACGAGAAACCUAAACACAUUUCCCACCAAUUUAAGAAAAUUAACUAAUUAACUUUAAUUAAUUUAUGCCGCAAACGGUUAAAUGUUUGGUCUCACUUUUAUCCCUUGUGAUCAUGUCAUCAUCUCACUUUUAUUGUCUUCAAAUACAUUUCACCCUGCUGAAGUUUGCCAGUUGACUGAUAAUUGCCUUAGUUCGGCAGGGUGGUGUGCACUGUACCGGUAUCAGACUUGUAUGUAACAAACUACAUCUAAUCAAUUAGUUUUGGUAGUAUUGUAAUGUAACGAUUACUUUGUUUACUUGGUAAUGCUCACUGUAAUUUAGUUACUUUUUCCUGUAACCAAAUGCAUGUAACCAGUAACUCUAUUGACGAGACAUGCUGUUAACACUUUUAAGCAUUUUGAAUUUGGUGGAAGUUGCAGUAGAAGGCCUGCGGUGUGCAAGUGACAUUUCCAAGGGCAUGGAAACAUGUGCAUGGGUUAUCUCCUUCCUUUAAUCGGUGCCCUGUAGCUACACCUCGAUCACCUGAACAUAUGUAUAACUGGCUUCCAGAGUUGAACAACUAGUUGUGCAAGCUCUGAAAGUGCUUUUAAGUGGCCUUCAUAGGCGGUAAAAGCUGCUGCUGCUCAUUUCUUCUUUGUUUAGUACCAGUCUAUGACUUCUCCGAUAUAGACAGGAGUUUAUGGCCAUUAAACAUACAUGUUACUAUCAGUCUGAUAUGUGGAUCGUAUACAUAUAAUUUUGCAAUUGUAACACACAAACAGUAUUUUAGGACUAAUUAAUAUGCAGUUAUCUUUAAUUACACUACAGAUUUGGCCAGAUUUUUGAAGAACUUGAACAUCUGAUGGUGGGUCCGCUACUAUUCCCUAUUUAAGUCUAAAUGGCUAACGAGUGAAGGGCACUGGUAGGAGCUCCACCAGACGUCUGCCACAAAUAUAGCCAACACUUGUAUGGUUCUAUGGUGAUGACCAGUCCAGAUGUUCAUGCUGAGGAAUAAUCUGUAGACAGUUUUUCAUUUUUUCGCUGGCCCGACCAGGAGUGCCAUGAGUGCCGCUUAGCCCCAGCAACAAUGAAGCACUGUGGCUCCUAGAGGACCCACACGUGAGCAUCACGAUAUUGAGUAACCACAACCUUGUGCGCAAGGAAUUCAUAUGUUACAAUGCCACCCUUGCCUCCAGCCCACACGUCCAUAGAGUUUUCGUUUGUAGCAGCUGAUGUCUGCACAAGAAAACAAGUGAAGAUGACCGACAAUGAUAUUGAAAAGCAGUUAAUGAAGGUAAACAAUGUGUGAAGGGGUGCAGAGCAUGCAUUAAUACAGCCAGACCAGGGGUGGUAUUCUGUAAGAGUCCACCUAGUGGACAAGUCCACUUCUGUCUGAUGUCAUCAGAGUGCGUUCGGUUGUUCUGAAAAUCGGCAUGAAGAACAUACUACUUGGUGCACCCUGGAAGUCACCCGUGUCAUUGUAAAUCGAAGAACAUGCUGUUUAGCCAUUUGUGGUUAGUUUUGUUUGUGAGUUAUUGAGGGAAGUUCUGAAACAAGCUUGUUUAGAUGACUUCUAAGAAAGUAAUGUGUGUAAAAAUUUUACUUGCACAAACUUAAGACACGGUAGUGCUGCGUUUAACUUCAUUUUAUGAUAAUGUAUUGGCUGCAAUUGUAACCGUGUCACUAGGGGGCCACAUUAGCGAACUGAACCGCAAAAUGGCAGCCUCUGUGCUUGUUAGAAACAGCUGACCACAAAUCGUCGUCUACCGAGCAUGGAUAAACCCUGUAAACUGGCGGUCACAGUAUUUCAUGUUGAUAGUUGCGGCCUUGAUGUAUUCUCUGACACCAGCAUUGGAACUGAAACACAAAAUGACAGCCUCUAUGCUUGCAAUGAACAGCUGAUGCGGGAUCGUCAGCUACCGAGCAUGGAUAAUCCCCAUAAACUAGCGGUCGCAGUAUGUCAUGUUGACGGUUGCUGUCUCGGUGCACUCUCCAAUAGUAGUGCUGCAAUUGUUGUCGCUGAUCGUGUACAAAGCAAUGUAUGACUGGUUGUCACGACUGCGAUACUUCAAGAGAACAUGCAACUCCACUCACCUCUUGUACCACAUGGACUGCUGCGUUGACGAAAUGUGACAUACAACGGUAAGUUGCGGCAUUGAACAGACGGCACUGAUAUUGACUGUGCAUACUAAUCUUUAUGCAGGCACACAAGUUGAAGAACAGUGUAUGGCAAAGCAUUUGUUCAUGACGGUGAAUAAAAGAGUCCCGUGGCGGUCUGUACGUUUUCUUGAUUAUUUUCUUCUUGUUUGCUGUCAAGUUUCCAGACGAUCAUGUUUGUACAUCACAACGCCAUGGCACUUGCGAGACAUUGGCUCUCAUAUCAAUUAUUGGCAGCUAGAAAUUAUAAUGAACUUUAUGGAAAAGAAUCCACACCUUGUUAAAUCAUUGGCAGGCCUGGAUGUAAAAUUCAUCGCUGACAGGAGAAAGGAAAUGUGGAAAGAGCUCGCGCAUUUGCUCAAUGAUGCUGGGUGUCUCCUAAAGCUCACGGUACGGUGGCGUUGUUGGUGGAACAAAUUCGUCAGUCAUGCCAGAGCUGACACAGGCCACUUCUCCGCUGAGAUGAAGCACGUAAAGCAGGCAUGCAUGCCUUUUGCUAAUGUCUUGUUUUGAAUAUUUACACAAAUCACAUUGCAGGACUACUGGCAGUGGCCUUCUAGGAGGAGCCAAGGGUCAGGUGCUCACCCCGCUUGGCCCAGCAAACACAGUGCUGACGAGGCCUGCGCCUUUUAUUCCCAGCGACUGUGAAAGCGACUAGCAGCAGCCUGGCCCUUCAAUUUUGGGUGGCCAUCAAGUGGCACCGGUGGAGAGGAGCAGCACCUUUUGUGUGUGCUGUGGCACUGCAGGAGGCACAAGGGGUGUCAGCUGACCUCCAAGAGCCACAAAGAGCAACCUGCUUCAGCAGGCUGUUGCCAACACUGCAAAAAGAGUGAGCAUUGCAGCAGCAAGCAACAAAGCAUCGGAGAAAUUAUUGGAGGAGUCCUGCAAGGUAAUAUGGCAGUGCUGCUGGAGGGCAUGCAGCUCCUCUGUGAGCCCCAGUGCAUCUAUGCCUCCUUUGGCAUGGCUGAAAACGUUUGGUAGUGACUAUCGUGACGGGGCCCGGCACUUUAACAUCUACACUGCAGUGACGGGGCCCGGCUGCAUUGAAGCUUCACUCUGCAAACUGCUAAACUCCGGACCAUAAAAGAUGAGGUCAGCAGGCUCGCUGACGCUAUGGAGCACCAAACUGAGGCCCAUAACGGACUUGGCAACGCAUCUGGCAACAUUUAUUACCAAUUCCAUUUCGCAAAUGGCUUUCGCAAAGUGGCGAACAUAGACCAGGGCCUGAGGUCAGACCGAGAGGAGAUAGAGUUUUUUCACAACUUCUUCAUUCGUGGUCAAGAAUGUCUUCUUGAGUUCAUCAAGAGAAAGGUUCCAUCCAGCAGGGCUGGGGGUCAGGGUCCUGAAGAUGGACAGGCUCGCAAUGAGGUCCUCAAGGAGCUACUAACCAGUGCAGGCAACAUGCAGGAUCGCCAAGAGCGGAUGGACCAACUGCUUGCCGACAUGAAAAAAGAAAAUGAGGCUCUCUGGCGGGAAGUUGCCCGGCUGCGCCAGAAGCACAUGAAGCAGCAACAGAUUGUCGAGAAGCUUAUCCAAUUUCUUGUCACCAUGGUGCAGGCCAACCGCAACAUUACUGUAAAGCGCAAGAUGCCACUGAUGCUACAUGAUAGUCCCAGCUCUACCUCCAAGGUGCCCAGACUGACCAAGGGUGCCCUUGUUACUGACUACCAGGUCACUUCACCUGGAAGUUCCCAGUAUUCUGAAGGCCCUGUAAUUCACGAUGUGACUGACCUGAUGGAAGAGCUUGGUGACACAGGCAGCACCGUUACUGCAGAGCCUAUGACUACUGCCCAGUCCUCGAGGCCAGUUGUGGUCUCUACACCUUUGACACCUGCGCAGUCAUCGGCUUCACCAGCGUUCUCUAGUGAUUUGGAUGCUGUUCCUGUAGUGUCCAGUCCCCUUAGCACCGCAGAUGCCAUGGAGCCUCUGUGUUUGCUCGACCCUUUACAGGAUGCAGAGAGUUCGAAUGUGCUGCAAUGUGGCAUUGAAGAAGUCGUGGAUUCAUCUGAACCUAGUCCACCAGAACCAAAUGUAGCCUCUCCUAAAGGUCUUGAUGUACCAGUUUUAAAGGCUCCACAGGUUGUGACACCUGCUGCUUCCACCGUCAGGCUGGUCAGUUCUCCAAUCUCCGCUUUUCCUUCAUCUAACUUGGUUGGUGAGGAAGACCAAACACUACUUAGUGACGAAGAGCCUGCCAAUAGCACUUCAGACCUGCUGAGUAGCUGUGUCAUGUUGGAGGACCUUCCCAAUUUUACGGGUAAUGUGAGAUCACAUGCAGCUGUUUCUCCAUCAACCCUUGCUGCUCCAAGCACUGAGGUCGCAACAGAGGAGAGCUCCAGCCAGAAGGAGAGUGCUGCAGCGUCACCACCAAGUCCAGGAAUGCAAGUGGCAUUGCAAGAAAAGACUUCUGGCACCACAAAGAUUUUUGCAGAUCAUGUCGAAUCCAUAGAUUCUGACCUGGACUGGCUGCAGGAUCAGCUAUCGGGUGGAGGGCUGAGCUUGGACACUUCAACACUCAUGGGGGUAUGUCCUGAGUGGACAGGGCUUCUCUUGGGAUCCUCGAAGUUGUUCUCUCCAGAAGACACUUUGGCAUCUCGCUUAGGAGACUUGGCUACUGAGAAUAGAUCAUCAGGUACUAUUGGUAAUGAGUUAGUGCAGUAUACACCAAGCCUCCUCGACCUGGGCAUUGAAGAAAGCUCUUCAUUCCAGCCUGUCAGUGAACUCCUGCUGUCUGAUGAUGAUGAACUCCCAAGCACUGCGGCUGCACUGAGUCCUGUUAAUGAUGAACCCUCAAUCCCAAGGCCCAGCUCACUGGUUACAUCUGAACAAAGUCCAAGCUCACAAUCUGCAUCCCCUUCCCUCCUGUUUCAAGAAAACAACAGAUCAGUUGUGCAGACUGAAUCCCAGUUAGCUGGUAAGAAAAGGACAUCAUCAGGCAGGAAAAGCCGUGGAGGUAGCAAGAAGUGAAAUGGGAGUGUGGUCUCCACUGGAAAGAAGUAUGCAUGCUAGCCUUAUAGCUUGCAACCAAUGUGCUAGGAUGUUGAGAGUCUGUAUGUGCACAAGCACAUAAGGAGUAUAUUCCAGCCAGCACAGAACCCUGCAAUACUCCACUGCAAACCAUACAAACAGCAGCAGAGGAAACGUCGUAAAAUUGUGAUGGCAUGGCUGAACAAGGCUAGUUCUAGAAUGUACUGAAUGCAAAGCACACUACAAGCACAGAUUAAAUUUGUAGCUGGCCACCCCUUGAUAUAGCCAUUGCUGUGGAUUAGGCUCUGUUAAAUGAAGGUGGUGGUUUCCACAGAGCCUGAAGGGGAUGCAUCUCGUACUGAAGUAGAGAGGGACAAGCAGCCGAGAUUGACAUGCAGUGACCUGCACUUCCGUUGAUGUUCGGGGCUGGGAGCUCAGACAAAAAGAUAAUAAAAAUCAUCCCAAACGUCCACUGGAGGAGCUCUUCAAUUUGACUAAUCCAAGCUCUAGAAGCAAAAAUCAGGUACUUCUGGUCUUUCCAAACACUCUUGAAGAGGUUGUACCAUUACAGAAGCACAGAGAAAACGACGACAAAGGGUCAACCAAGUGUAGAUACUGAAAAAAGGCGAGGUUGACCUAUUUGGUGGGUCAAAUGAUUCAAUGAUUAAAUGUUGCUUUUUUUU